AUGCGCGCCAAGUAUAAAUCCACGCGAAUCGACUACCUGCAUCAUGUCGAGGAGCUGGCGCGCUUCACGCAGUCCAUUAAGCACGGCAGCAGCGCGGUGGGUCGUGAGGUCGUCGCCGCUCACGUAGAAGGCAAACCCAAGAGCGCGAUCACGUGCUACCGUUGUGGGAGAUCGGGCCACAUUGCGGCCGACUGUCGCGCGCGAGUCGUGCACGACGACGAGACACCAGGCGACCACAAAGAACCGCAACGGGAGGAAGAAGGGAUCGCGCUGCAAGGAGCCGCAGCGACCAAUGCAAGCGAUGGAGCGCGAGCCAUAGACGACUCAUGCGGCUUCGUGCUUACGACGAGCUACGGAGUACGAGCCACGGACGGUACGCGCGGCCUCGUACUUGCGGCGACCGAUGCAACGGGCGUCGACCGAGGAGACGGGAUCCUCGAUAGCGGCGAGAGCCGGCAUCUUGUCAACGACGAUUCGCUGCUGCUCAAGUCGACGGCUCGCAGCCACGAGAUUGCAAUGACAGACGGCGAGUCACUUCAUCUGAUGCGUGUCGGCAGCGUGCGCCUCGGGGUUCUCGCGCGCGGCGCUGAGGCGGUAUUGACGCUGACGGAUGUGUACUUGGCGCCGUGA